GACUGAUUCUCUCCCAGCUGACACAAGGAGUAUUUGAAUUUUUCUUAAAGCCGGGACCAUGAUGAUCCCAAGCGUUAUUGCGCCUCCUGCCUUCUACCCCGGGCUGUACCGGCCCGCCGCGGCUCUCCCGCUCCACCAGACCCUGCCGUCGGCCUUCCAGACCCACUCCAGCUUCUUGGUGGAGGAUCUGCUGCGGAUAAGCCGUCCCGCCGCCUUUAUAAACCGGACUGUCCCGUCAGCGAGCGCCUCCGUGACAACAGCCACCACCACCGUGUCCACCGGCGGCGCGCUGGAGCGCACGGUAGCGGUGGGUACGGGGACGCGCGAAUCGUGCUCACCUAAAACAUCGGUGCCGAACAGCAAGGAUCCGAGUUUUCUCAAGUUUGGAGUGAACGCCAUCCUCGCACCCUCACCAAAGACUGCGUCCUUACCCCCUGCAGUCCACAGUCUGAACACCAAGACCUUCCCCGUCCCCUGCUUUGACGCAACCUUUCACCCCAUAUUCAGGGCGCCUUAUUUACCAGCAUCUUCAUCCGUUGUUCCAAUCCCGGGGACUUUUUCGUGGCCCUUGGCAGCCAGAGGAAAACCCCGGAGAGGGAUGCUGAGGAGGGCGGUGUUCUCCGACGUGCAGCGCAAAGCCUUGGAGAAAAUGUUUCAGAAACAGAAAUACAUCAGCAAGCCCGACAGGAAGAAGCUGGCAUCUAAACUUGGCCUAAAAGACUCGCAGGUAAAAAUUUGGUUUCAGAACCGACGGAUGAAAUGGAGAAAUUCCAAGGAACGAGAGCUGCUGUCUUCCGGUGGAUGCCGCGAGCAGACGCUGCCCACCAAAGCCAACCCGCACCCGGACCUCAGCGAUGUGGGCAAGAAGUCCUCAGCCGAAGAGGAAGAGGAGGAAGAAAAGGAGUUCGGAACAGAGAGAAUGAGGGCGGCAGGUUCCACCAUCUCCUCUCCCUCCCUCUCCAGUAAGCACUCGGAUUUCUCGGAGUCAGAUGAAGAGGAGAUAACAGUAUCUUAAUUUAUUUUGAAAAGCGAGUAUAGAGUUAUAACCCAUGAUCUGUUUUUAUGAGACUGUGACCAGAUUAGAAGGAAACUGCCGCUGUGACAAACCAUCAACGUCGCCGUUCAAACAAGUUGCACCCAUGUUUGUGGCUUCAUCAGUGCAUGCGCACUGGACAGGAUCUGCUACUGAGACACAGUUUGUUGUUUUGCACAGCUUUGUUGAAUUGUACAGUAUUUUGUACAAGUUCGUAUGGAAGUUUUAUGCCAAGAAUAUUGCGUUACUUUACAUUGACAUGAAUAGAGUUGUUUAUUGAAAAAUGUAGCUAUUUUGUUAAUUUAUACCAAUUUGUUUAAUAACUAUGUUGUAUUAUGUGCUGUAUAUAUGUUUAUU